AUGACCGUCACUCCCAAACCUCAGCUCUCAGCCGACAGCAAGGCGGCGCUCGACGCCCUCCUGGCGGAGAAGGUGGCCGAGAAGAAGAUCCCGGCAAUCUUCUUCGGCGCGUCAAAUGCAGAUGGCGAGCUGUACUUCAAUGCAAUGGGCGACAAGGUGUUCGGCGAGCCGGACAAGGGCCAGAUCGAUGAGAAUACCACUGUCCAGCUCUUCUCGCAGACCAAGUUCAUCACCUCUCUCGCCUGUCUCCAGCUGUGGGAGAAGGGCCUUGUCGAUUACGACGACGCCUCUCUUAGUGAGAAACAUCUCCCCGAACUUGCCUCCCAGCAAGUUCUGGAAGGCUACAAUGCCGACGGCACGCCCAUCCUCGUCGACCGUACGGCGCCACUCACCCUCCGCCGCCUUCUCACGCACACGUCGGGCCUCUCGUACAAUUUCCUCAAACCCGAACUGAUCGGCCGCUGGGAAAUGACCCACAACGUGCCCAGUUUCUUCGCCAAAAACGUCGGCGUCGAAUCCCUCGUUGAACCCCUCACAUUCCAGCCUGGCGCGCAGUACGGCUACUCUAUCGGGAUCGACUGGGCUGGCGUCCUCGUCAUGCGGAUCACCGGGAUGAAACUCGGCGCGUACUUUGACCAACACAUUUUCGGGCCUUGUGGCGUUAAGAAUCUGUCAUUCUAUCCAACCCCGGAGAUUAAGGAUCGCUUGAUGCAGCUCUGUGGGCGCGACGACACGCCCGAGAGAAACCUCAUUCACAUUGCCGGAAUGCGCGAUGUGCCUAAUACCAACCCCGAGGAUAUUGGAUUACAUAUGGGCGGGGCGGGUCUUGUUGGUUCACCUCGCGAUUAUAUGACGGUCCUACGCAACGUCCUCCAGUGUAAGGAUAAGGAUGGACUUAUCAAACAGUCGACUUUCCCAAUGUUGUUUGAGAACGCCUUGCCUCCGCGUGAGGAGGAGGGGAAGAGCCACAACUGCUACGCCCACCUCGGCGGCACUCUCACGAUCCUCGGCGAGACCGAGCCGCAGUUUGCCUCGGGCGACAAGGCAUUCCACUCGCUCGCCCUCUGCGUCUAUGACGCUGACUCGGAGUACGGCCGCAAGAAGGGCUCGGCGUUCUGGGGCGGCAUCGCCAAGACCAAGUUCUGGAUCGACCCGGCUUCGGGCAUUGUGGCCGUGUGCGGCACCCAGCUCAUGGACCAGAUCGACCAGACUGCGACGGUCGACGUCUGGAAGGCGUAUGAGCGCAAGCUGUAUGACAUGCUUGAGUAG